AUGCUCGGGGAAUGUAGUGUUAGUCGUGAGUCCCCAGCCAAUAAUGAAAUGAUGGCAAGAUCGGUAUUUAGUUGCUUUGGGCAGUACUUUUGUCUCCAUUUUGAGGCGUUCCAGCUAGGCAUGGCGCCUGUUUACAUCGCGUUUCUGAGAUUCAUGGGAGAUGAUGACGAGGCAAAGAAUUACAGUUACAGCCUGGAAGUGGGAGGGAACGGGAGGAAGAUGACGUGGCAAGGAGUGCCACGUAGCAUAAGAGAUAGUCACAGGAAAGUUCGUGAUAGUUUUGAUGGUUUGAUUAUUCAAAGAAAUAUGGGGCUUUUUUUCUCGGGUGGAGAUAGGAAGGAGUUGAAGCUUAGAGUGACAGGUAGGAUUUGGAAAGAGCAGUAA